CAUGAGCACAAAUCUCCGCUGCAGCAUGAUGGCUUGAGCUGAAAGCAGCCCUUCGCGAAGACAGCAUGUGUUCGGCGCUGGCUAUCGCAUUCAAUGUGCGCCGGGCCACUCGGCGAGUGACGCCGGCGUGCCCACGAACAUGUUGUCACCACCGCUGCUGCUUAUUAGGCAUUUCCUCAUCUUCUUCCACGCCCUCCAUCUGAUUGAGUCUUUCUUUCCCUUCCUCGGCCGCUGCCACACUCUCACAUAUAUCCGCCCACCAUGACAACACCUCGUGUGUUCAUCAUAAGACAUGGCGAAACCGAAUGGUCUUUGAACGGACGACACACCGGCACAACAGACAUUCCACUCACAGCCAACGGCGAACGACGAAUUCGGGCCACAGGUAAAGCCUUGGUCGGCGACGAUCGCUUAAUCGUACCCAAAAACCUCGCUCACAUCUACGUCUCGCCUCGAAAACGUGCGCAACGAACUCUUGAGCUUCUCGGCUUGGGUUGCAAAGAUCCCAUGCCAUGGCAAGAACACGGCGAAAAAGCUGAAACAGCACAUGCCACGAACGCGAAAGUCCAAGUCACGGAAUCGAUUCGCGAAUGGGAGUAUGGUGAGUAUGAAGGUAUCACAUCGGCAGAAAUUCGCCAAGUUCGUAAGAAAGCUGGACUCGAUGAGCACUGGGAUAUUUGGAGAGAUGGAUGUCCUGGCGGAGAAUCUCCUCGACAGAUUACUGAGAGGUUAGAUGUUUUGAUUCAAGAGAUUCGGGAGAGGUUUCAUAAACAUGCGAUUGGCAAGCCUAAGGGUUCUGUGAAGGAGCCUUUUGAUGUGUUGCUGGUUGCGCAUGGGCAUAUUUUGAGGGCGUUUGCUGGGAGGUGGGUGGGUAAGAAUAUUGCGGAUAAUCCGAGUUUGAUUCUGGAGGCGGGUGGUGUGGGGACGUUGAGUUAUGAGCAUCAUAGUUUAGAGGAGCCGGCGAUUUUACUUGGGGGUGCUUUUAUGAGUGAUAUCGUCGAGAGUGCUGAGCAGCCUGGGGAAGGGAAGAAGUAA